UUCUGCAGUGCAGAUGCAGCCCAAGUGAUGUCAAACUGCAUUAGAGUAGAUGCAGUGCAUGUUGUAUUUUCCAAGAGAAGCUGAAUCUUGCCUGGGCAAGAUCCCAACAAGUUGAGCCCUAUGCACACAGACACACAUAUACAGAGACACAUUUCCCUGUGAUGAACACAGUUCUCAGACUGCAUUUGUGUAGGUCAUAGACCAUGAGCCCAAAGAGAGCAUUUGGACUCAGUCCUGGCCCUUGCCAUUUGGACUCAGUCCUGGCUUUUGGGAGCCCAAAGGGCAUGCAGGUGCAAUCCUGGCAGACUCUUACUCUUGUUGCAUCUCCUCUGCCUGCUCUCUCUGGAACUCAGGUCCUGCCAGAUGAGAGGCAGAGAGGAGAAAGCCAAAUGACAAGAAGCGGGGCUUCAUUCCACACAGACGACCCACAUGAUUCGAGUAUGGAAAUAAUUUGUUAAAAUGAACUUGUUACUCCUAAAAAAUACUUUAUAAAUUAUUUAAAUUGCUAAACAACUGAUCAAUGGAGUAACAGGUAACAUUUCUCAUUACUCAUUACAUUUGGCAAUUUGUUUGUUUGUUUGUUUGUUUGUUUGUUUUAUUUUGGGCCAUGUGUAGUCAUUUUAAUUCAUAAUUUAAUGAUUUCAUGUUUUUUUAAAAAACCGUGUGUUGUGCAUCAUUAGUGCUUAACGCAGCAAAUCAAUGGUGUAAUUUCCACUAAAAUGAUUAACAUUUACAAAUCCGUUUCCGAAGCAGCGUCAGAUGAUUGCCUGUAACAGAGGUGUUUCCUAUUAAAUUCAGAAUUCAUUGCAGACAGAAGCAUACCUUCCAGCUGUCCCAAUCUGGAAGAGACAGUGUCGAUUAAUCCUCUGUCAUCCCAUUUUUUCUGCUGUUUUCAAAAUGUCUCAGUUUCUCUCUCUUCCUCCCACUUUACCCCUUCGUUCUCAGCUUGCUACAGUCGCUGAAAACUGAGUUCAAAGCAAAAAAGUAGUUUGUACUCCAUUAACUCAGGGAGAGGAAAAGAAAGAGCAGAAUCUUGCUCUUCCCAGUAGGCUUGGACAAAAGCAAACUGCUACAGCCUUUUCUAGCUUGUGUAUUUGUCCGUGUGAAUAACUUUUACCGUCUUGACCAUACUCUGCUAUUGCUUGGCCACAAAUAUCCUGAUUUUCAUCUCUGAAAUGUUUGGGGUAUGCAAUGAAACGUUGGGCAUGCAAAGAGCCACCCAGAUGGGGUAGCCAAUCCCUAUGGGCAACAACACGGAUGAGUGGCACCCCGCGCCAGAAGAGAAGGAGGACUGAACAGUGGGGCUGAGCCAUGGCCAGCUUUCUGCAACUCCUGCUGGCCUGGUUGGGAGGCUGCGGCUGUGCGGGACGCCUUGUGCCCUCCGUCCAGGGAACCAAGGCCGGAGCCUUCCGGGGAAACAUGUCUCAGCGUUGGGAGAGGCCCCUCUUGAGGUCCCGUCGCAGCUGGGUCUGGAACCAGUUCUUUGUCAUUGAGGAGUAUGCUGGACCAGAGCCUGUCCUCAUUGGGAGGCUUCACACAGACGCGGACAGGGGCGAAGGCCGCAUCAAGUAUGUGUUGACCGGAGAAGGGGCGGGCACUGUCUUUGUCAUUGACGAGAAGACGGGCAACAUCCAUGUCACCAAAACAUUGGACAGAGAGGAGAAAGCCCAAUAUACAUUGCUUGCCCAGGCAGUGGAUCGGGCCUCCAACCGUCCUCUGGAACCACCCUCCGAAUUCAUCAUCAAAGUCCAAGAUAUCAAUGACAACCCACCGGUUUUCUUGCAUGGACCCUACCAUGCCACUGUGCCUGAGAUGAGCAACGUGGGUACGUCUGUGAUCCAGGUAACGGCCCAUGAUGCAGAUGAUCCACUCUACGGGAACAGCGCCAAGCUGGUCUAUACGGUACUCGAAGGGUUGCCGUUCUUCUCCGUCGACCCACAGACGGGUGUGAUCCGGACUGCAACCCCCAACAUGGACCGGGAAACACAACAGGAAUUCCUGGUUGUGGUGCAAGCCAAGGACAUGGGGGGCCACGCUGGGGGGCUUUCUGGAAGCACGACUGUUACCGUCACCCUGAGCGACGUCAAUGACAACCCACCCCGCUUCCCACAGAGCUCCUACCAGUUUUCUGUGGUGGAGACGGCACCUCCUGGCUCUGCGGUGGGACGGUUACGGGCACACGACCCAGAUGAAGGGGAGAAUGCCCUGAUGGCUUAUAGCAUCCUGGAUGGAGGAGACGGAGCCGAGGCCUUUGCCAUUCAUACGGACUCACUGGGGCAGGAUGGGAUCAUCACAGUCAAAAAGCCCCUCGAUUUUGAAUCCCGCCGCUCUUACACCUUCCGAGUGGAAGCCACCAACACCCUCAUCGACCCCCAGUACAUCCGCAAGGGCCCCUUCAAGGACGUUGCUACUGUCCGUAUUACGGUGGAGGACGCUGAUGAACCUCCGGCCUUCUCCCGCCCUGAGUACCAUCUCGCCGUUUACGAGAAUAGCCCUCCAGGAACCCUUGUGGGCAAGGUGACGGCUGUGGACCUAGAUUCUCCUAGCAGUGUCAUCCGAUACUCCAUCCUGCCACCCACGGAUCCCGAGCGGUAUUUCAGCAUCAACCCCCAGGAUGGGACGAUUCUCACCUCGGUGCCUCUUGACCGGGAGGUGUUGCCCUGGCAUAACAUGACUGUAGUGGCGACUGAACUUGACAGCCCUACGCAGGCCUCUCAUGUCCAAGUGGCCAUCCAGAUCCUGGAUGUUAAUGAUAAUCCACCCCAACUGGAGCACAGCUACGAGCCCUUCGUCUGCGAUAAUACUGCCCCUGGCCAGUUGGUACAGCUGAUCCGGGCAGUGGAUCGAGAUGAAGAUGGGAAUGUGAGCCGCAUCAUCAUUCGCUCCCCGGCUGGGACAAGGGAACCCAAUGUCACUGUGAGAGACAACAAGGAUAACUCUGCCUCCUUGCUACUCCGGGCUGGCCGUCUGCUUGCACAGGGGACAUUCCUGCUGGUACCACUGGAACUAGUGGAUGGUGGUUCCCCCACUCGCACAGGUUCCCCAACGCUGACUGUGAGCAUUUGCCGGUGUCGCCGGGACGGGGCUAUGCACUCCUGUGGGCCUGAGGCCCUGGGAUCACCUGCUGGCCUCAGCACCGGCGCCUUGCUUGCCAUCCUUGCCUGCGUGGGCACCCUGCUUGCCCUGGUGUUGCUGUUUGUCGCCCUCCGGAGGCAAAAGCAGGCUGCGCUGCUACCCUUUGAGGAAGAGGAUGUCCGUGAGAACAUCAUCACUUAUGACGAUGAGGGUGGAGGCGAAGAGGACACAGAGGCCUUCGACAUGGCCGCCUUGCAGAACCCGGACGCUGCCCCACCACCACCGCAGCAUCGGCGUCUCCUCCGGCGGGACGUACUGCCCCGCCCGCACUUCCCGCCCUCCCUGUCCACCCGGGUGCCCCCUCAGCCCCAUGACGUGGCCAGCUUUUUGGCGGCCCGCUUGAGCGAGGUGGAUGCCGACCCUUCUGUCCCUCCGUAUGACUCCAUCCAGGUGUACGGCUAUGAGGGUCAAGGCUCCUCCGCAGGCUCUCUCAGUUCCCCCGGCUCCUCAUGCGCCGGGGACAGUGAUGCAGGCGGAUAUGAGUACCUGGAAGAAUGGGGCCCGCUGUUCCGAACACUUGCUGAGCUCUACGGUGCCCCGGAAGGGCCACCUCUUACCUGAGAGAUCUGACAGAAGGAGGGGACAUCCAUGGAAGAGUGCAGCCUUCUGAUUCCUCUUGGUCCUUUAUGUGUUGCUUGCAGAGCUUGAGAAGAAUUACUAGGAGGAAUGCAAUUCCCAGAAUCCCCAAGCCAACACGGCCCCUGGUCAUGCUAGCUAGGGGAUCUGGGAGUUGCAAUCCCCAAAAAAAUUUUCCCCCAAGCUCCAAUUUGUUUUUCAUUUUCAUUUUUCCUUUUCAGUUGACUUAUCCGUUCUCUGUUAGAACUUGUCCUUCAGUGUGCUCUUCUUGUUUGCCUCAACUCAUUCUCUCCAAAUGCCUUCCUGAGUACCUGCCUAUUGUUGUUUUGUGAUAUUGUUUUCAGUCAAACUAAUUUCUUCCAUUUUGCCUUUAAAUUGUUUUGGUUAUAUUUCCCUUCCUUUCCCUCCCUUUUAUCUCAGAGUCUUGAUCUGUCUCUUGCCUACCCUCUGCACUUUCUUUCCAAUUUUUAUUUUCUUCCAUUCCAUUAAGGCUCUCUGAAUGAUUUUCUGUAAUACUACCUCCGCAUCUCUGAAUCUUCAUCUUUUUCUUUUCAAGGCAUUUUCUUCCUUCUUCCCCGCUUAUUGUUCAUAUCAUUUGGUUUCAUAGCCUGAGUUCUUGGUUGUUGUUUUUUUACUGUAUUUGUGCCGUGUUAUGUUAUUAUGUUUAGUUUUCUCCCUUUCCCCCUUCUCCUGUAUAAAAUACGCUAUGCAUUCAUUCUUUCCCAGAAACCUUUGGUACCAAACUCCCUGCCUACCCAGACCCUAACAAUUCAGUCUUGCCAGCAUGGAUUUACCUCUCAUUCAACUUGCAGACCACCCCAGGCCCUGACAGUGGAACUGGUCAGCCAAGGUGGGGGAUCUGACCUCACCCUCCCAUUUGGGCUCCCAGGAUCUUCAUGGAAGUGGCAACGCAGGUGGAGGUUUGGACCUGGACUCUGCCCUCUGGAUAGAAAGCCCUCCUCUUCUGAUACCAUACUGGGACUUUACAUAUCCAGGACAAUUUUAUUCUAGGGAGCUAAGGCAUAAUCGGUGUCAGGUGGGGACAUCCAUGUUAUAAUUUCGUAAUAAACAAUUUAUUUUCUAAAAAAAAACAAAAAAAAUUAAGGAGUUUAGAAGUUGUAUGUAUGUGUGUCAGCUUGUAAGAGCUCUUACCAGCAAGUCUCUAGUCCAGUCUGGAAGGAAAGCAGGGUUGUAAAUGACAUAGAGACUAUAAUGGACAGGAUCUGGAGUUAUUUGCUUGUGUAGGGUGAUGGGUUCAGCUACCAAGCCUAAAAAAUUCAGCGUAUCUGCUAUUGAGGGUCUGAAUAGGAUAGACUCAUCCUUAUGCAAUUCUCCUUCCCAUCUGUGGGCCGUGGACAAGCAAGCAUUGCUGUCCCCUUCCUUGAUGCAUUAAAUCUUCAGUCACUGGAGUUUAAGAAGGAAAUUGACAUGCUGGGGGAGUAUUUAGAGGAGGGUCAACCAAGAUGGUAAAGGGCCUGGAAACCGAGUCCUAUGAGUAAUGGUUGAGGGAGCUGGGCAUGUUUAGCCUACAGAAGAGAAGACAGAGUGGUGAUAUGAUAACCAUCUUGAAAUAUCUAAGGGCUGUCAUGUGGAAAAUGGAGCAAGCUUGUUACCUGCAGCUCCAGAGAAUAGGACUGGAACCAGUAGAUUCAAAUGACAAGAAAGGAGAUUCCAAGUAAACAUUAGGAAAAACCUGACAGAAAGAGCUUUUUGACAAUGAAAUAGGCUGGCUUGGAGGGUGGAGAGCUCUUCUUUGUUGGAGUUUUUUGAGCAGAGUUGGAUGCCCCCAUCUUGAGGAUGCUUUAACUCUGGAUUCUUGCUUGGUUUGCCAGGUGAAAUGCAAAACAGGGCUCCUGUACCUUAAAUAGUUAUGCAGAAGGGGGAAAUUUCAGCACAUGUUGUUUCAACUCCUGUUGAAACCCCAUCUUUCACACAACUAUUGAAAAAUCCCUGUCCUGUAUUUCACCUAGCAACCUUAAUUCCUGCAUUUGUGGGUGGUGGGUUGGAUCAGAUGACCCUUGGAGACUCUUUCAAUUCUAUAAUCAUAUUAUUAUAAAAUAUCUUUUAAAAGCAAGUAUGUGAAAUAUGCAUAUGGGAUGAGUGGGACACAA